UCCCAGUAAUUGCGCUGCGCUGCUUCGUAAUGAAAGCGAUGUUUGACCCCGGCAUCAGCGGCGCGCCGUAAUUUUGCACAGCCACCGAACCGGCUCUCACUGUCUGUGCUUUGCACAGAAAUGAGUUGGACGUGCGCGGCAAGUCGCCGAAGGUCCGAGUGCGACACGCUGCAGGAGGACCACAUCUGCAUCGUCAUCCACAUCAAAUUACACUGUGUCUCUGCUGGCUCCCCCCAUUCAGGGCAAUUGCUUCAAAAGAAAUAAAAUAAAUGGCAGCAGCAUUUACAGCACAGGCUGAAAUGAAAUGCUAUGAAGAGAAUGAAGGAGAAAUUAUUAAAAUGUGCUUCAUUAUGUACCUGGCUUAUUAUCUCCCCUCUACAAUAGUCAAAAACAAUUAGACUCUAUGUUAUAAUAAUCAAACCACACAAACAAACUAUGUUUUCUAAUGUUCUACACAGCACAUCUGCCUAAGUAUUAGUUUAAAACUAAAUGAAUACAAAUGCAAACCAAAAAAAAACAACCACUGUAAAUAUUGUACAACUGAAACGUUAUUGGUACAAAAGGAGGCGGCUAAUGAGCAGGAAACGACAGGAAGUCACUCCUGGCGCACAUGAUCUGUUGGAGUAAAUAAGUCUGAGACUUUAUCUCAAUCUCUGUUAAUGUCUCUCUCUGGAGACUUGGGAGGGAUGUGAUGGUGUUUGAUGUGAGCUGCUAACACCCCAGAGCAGUGCGAAACCAAAGAUAAAGCCUUCCCUUACAGCACCGGCCUGACUUCAAAGGUACGCGCGCGCGCCGUCGACGCGCUCCAGUGUGUGUGCGUGAGCGCUCCCUCCCCGCAAAACAGCCGCCCUCUCGCCUCCCUGUCAGCUUUCACAGAUUGUGGAUGAUUGCGAAUCAGAGAGAGGCCUUUGCAGUGCAACCCCGUCCCAUGCUGCUCCCUCCUCUCAGGGGAUGGCCAAGGUCCAGGAUGGACACACAAACGGAUGUGACAGCUCUGCGAUGCUAGAGAGCCACGAUGGCAUGGACAGCGGCACCCUGAGUCCUGCCUCAGCGCGACAGGUCACCAUCCAGCGUCACCCGACCCAAGGCUUCGGCUUCAUUGCGGGCAGCCAGAGGCCCGUCAUCGUACGCUCCGUCUCUGCCGACGGCCCCUCCCUCGGCAAACUUCUCCCCGGAGACCAGAUCUUGGCCAUUAACGAGGAGACGGUGAGCGACGCGCCCCGGGAGAGAGUCAUAGACCUUGUAAGACGCUGCAAAGACACUAUAGUUCUCACUGUGCUGCAGCCCCAUCAGUCACCUAAGUCUGCCUUCAUAAGUGCAGCCAAAAAGGCCCGUCUGCGAACCAACCCGCCCAAAGUGCGCUUUUCAGAGCAAGUGUCCAUUAGUGACCCAGACUCAACAAUGCUCAAGGACGACUCCUUGCUACUCAUACCAAACGUGUUGAAGGUGUUCUUGGAGAAUGGACAGAUUAAGUCCUUCACAUUUGACAGCCGUACCACUGUUAGGGAUGUGAUCUCCUCCCUGCAGGACCGCCUCUCACUGCGCUACAUUGAGCACUUUGCCUUGGUGCUGGAGGCAGGUGGCCUGGACCACAAUCAGAAGCUGCAUCUGCUGCAGGACAACCAGCCGCUGACACACGUGGUGCACAGAACCUAUUUUCAAGGGAUGAAGUGUCUGUUCCGCAUCUGCUUCUUCCCCAAGGACCCAGCGGACCUUCUGAGAAGAGACCCCGCGGCAUUUGAGUACCUCUACAUACAGAGUCGCAAUGACGUCAUCAAGGAACGCUUCGGCAUGGACUGGAAGUCUGACAUCACGCUACGAUUGGCUGCGCUCCAUAUCUACAUCACUGUGUCCUCUGCACGACCCAAUCAGAAGAUCUCGCUCAAACAUGUCGAAAAAGAGUGGGGACUGGAGCCUUUCCUUCCACUCACUCUGCUUCCCACUGUGAAGGAGAAGAAUGUGUGUAAGAGCCUGUCUCAGUUGCUGAAGACCUACCAGCAUCCACCGCCAUCAGGCAACAAGGUGCCCCCUCUCCAAGGAAAGUUGCAGUACAUGCGUGUACUCAAUGACCUGCCACCGUUUGGAGGGAUACUGUUCCACACUGUUGGACUGGAUGAGAAACAAUCAGCGACCACGCUGCUGGUGGGUCCUCGCCAUGGCAUUAGCCAUGUAAUUGAUCUGAAAAACAACCUGACAACAGUUCUCGCGGAGUUCAGUAGGGUUGCCAAGAUCCAGCUGUACCGGGAGAGCCAAGGAGUGGCUCGGGUGGAAGUGUCAAUUCACGAGGCCAAGUCUCCUAAUUCCCCUCCCUCCCACCCUCUGCAGCCUCUGGUCCUACUCAUGGAAUGGCCCGAUGCCAGUAACUUUGCGUGCCUCAUCUCCGGUUACUAUAAGCUGUUUGUAGAUCCUAAGCGGACCAUCUAUUUCCGGACCCCUGGUCAGUCUCAGCUGACCAAGGCAGAUUACAGAAGCUCCCACCACGCCCACCCACGUUCUGGGGCAACUGGCUUGCCAAGUGGAGGUCGGCGGGGCGACGAAAGGGAAAGCUCACACAGAGAGCCGGGGGCUUCUCGGGCCCUAGUUCCAGCAGAGCCUCAGCAUCUAGGCCUGUGUCAUGUACACCUUCGAGAACAGCAACAAUUUCAAGAGCUACAAACUCACACCGAAGCUCAACUCGACAUCAAUGAGAAUUUUAUCUCCCAAGAGACAUCUGGUCGACCCCGCACAAAGUCAGAUCCGAUUCAGCAGAGUACAGAGGAAAUAGUCGUUUUAGAAAAUCCUGCAGUGGACAAUGCAGGAUUCAGGGUCCGAGCUCAAACGAUGGGGCAAUCCCAGAAAACCUCACGAUACUUCUGUGACUCAUGCAAAGCCAGGUUUAGGGCAGAGGGCCUGUCACCAGAUCUGCGCAGCAGUGGGAGCUCUGGGAAACACUGCUCUAGUGCUUGUGCUUCUCGAGAUGGAGGGGCUGUUGACCUAAUUGCCCUUCCACCCCCAGGGAAUGAAGAGGAUGAAGAGGAGGCAAGCGGUAGCGGAGAAAAGUUGCAGCCACCACCACCUGCUAUUGCAGCCCCACCACCUGGUUUUAGGGACAACAGUUCAGAUGAGGAUGAUUCAAAGAGAGGAAGGAAAGCACGAACUACUGUCAGUGCAGGGGUCACCACUGGGAAGCCAGCCCAAGCCAAGGAGGAUGUUCCUGUGACACUGAUUGAUAAUGUGGCCACAAGAACAGUCCGAGAUCAUGCCCAGGAGCUAGAUGACGCUCUGGUGUCAACCUUACAGGCUCUAGAGGCUUUGGCGGCUUCUGAGGACUACCCCCACCACCCUCAACAGCCAACACAGACUGCAGGGCUGAUUGUCUUAGCUGCCAUUACACCUGAGUCAUCACUGGACUCAGGCCACGAGACCAACUCCUCUGAACUGACAGAUGUUUCUGAGAUGGUAUCGGCCAUGAAGCAAAACCAGAACCAGGCCUACCUACUAGCUCACCAUAUCAACAAGGAACGUAUCCUGUGCCGACGGGACUUUCCCCUGGCUAUCCCCGGUUGCACUGCAAAAACCAUAGGAACCGGGGCAUUCUCUGUGGGACAGAUCCGUGCUGGCUGUCCUCCCAAGCAAGUAAUUCUCAGUAAGACUGUUCCCUUUAAAGUCAGUCCCAGUCAAGACUCAGCAAUACUAAGUGUUGUGACAGAGCAGGAGGUCAAUCAAGAUGCUAUUCAGACUGAACAGAAAACAGAAAUGAAAGCAAACUCUGAGUCCACCAAAGCAAACACCCCUGAUGCUCCUUUUAAGUUACCUGAAGAACUUAAAUUGACUGAUGCUUCAAUAAUAGCUCAAGUGAAUAAAGACCAGAAGAUGCCAAAUUCUUCUGAAGAGACAAUGUACCAAAACCUUUCUGAGGGUGUAAAGGGGAAGCUAGCAACACCUUGCAAUACAGAUACUAGCAACAAAGCCUUAUCAAUCAUCUUGCCUGUGGACAGAAUUGCCUCUGCUAAAAUUUCCCCAACUAAUAUGUGCCAAGAUGCCGAGACUGCCUCUAGUGAGACCAUUAAGCCUUCAAGCACUGCAGACCUUUUGCCAGUUGAUGACCUUUUCUGUACAUGCCCAGUGCAACAAGAACCUGGUUCUCAACUAAGAUUAAAAGACCCACAAGUUCAAAAGGUAGUGGUAUUUCAGUCCUCCUCUCCCACAGACGAUGAGCGUCUUCGGGCCAAAGGCCUCCAAUUGGCUAGCAGCAAAGAAAGUGCAGUAAGAGUAGGAGCAGAUCCAAGUUUGGCAAAACCUAGCCCUCAAAUGCAAACUAAGUAUUCCCCUCAUCUGCCUGUAAAGGUAGAGAGAAAAGAAACAACUGAAAGCAAACCAGAGAGCACCCAGGUCAAAUCACAACCUGACACACAGAAAUGUCAAAUAAAAUCUUUACCUAUUUUAGAUGACUUAACAAGUAGCACCUGUGUAGAUAAGGUCUCAACUCUCCCAAGUAGAGACUCAAAGAAACAAGGCAGUGGUAAGGGAAAAUCCCAACGCAGUGCCCAUUUCUUGAGCUUUAGAAAUCUCCUUUCAGCUACAUUCCCAGCAAGAAUGCGAAGAGAAACUGAUGAGCGAAGAGCUCAGCUGCAGAAGGUCCGCCAGUAUGAGCUAGAGUUCUUAGAGGAGCUGCUGAAACCCAAAUCAUCCCAGGGAGAAUUUAUCCCUCAAGGAUCCUCGCCCGUGCCCUCAGGUACCCCGUGUGCCUGCCAGCUUCGUACCAGUCCCGUCCUAAAGGCACCAGGUAUCUCCAGGGAGCAGAGACGGAGCUGUGACUGUAAACGAAUGUGCAGGGGCAUGAGGCUACCGGACACACCAGUUGGGUCUACAACAGAGACACAACACAGAGGCAGAGAUACGGUUUCUAAAGCCCAAGGUGCAACAAAGAGACCUCAGACCUUAGAGAUCAAGACCACACGAAUACGCUCUACCAGCCUUGAAUCAAGAGAACCAAGGGGGGAACAGGGCUCAUGUUUGCCCACCUGUACUUCUCGAGCAGAUUGCAUGGGAGCACCACAAUAUAAGAAGCUCCAGAGGCGAUACAGCAUUGGUGAACUGGAUAACAGCACUAGCACACCUGUAUAUGCUGAGGUGAAGCCCAAAGCCAAGAGUCUAGAAAAAGAAAUGGAGAGAGUGAGGGCCACAGGGCUGAGGCUUCCCACUCCAGUGGAGCCAGUCCACACUCAGUCUCACCAAACAGAGGGGAAGGGGAAGAAGGGCGUGUUUUUUAUUCAGGGAGAAGAGCUACUGCGUGAAAAUAAAGAAGGGCCUGGUGAAAUGCUGCUGACCCUGCCAAGUGAAGACAGCGAUGAUAAGGAUAAAUGCUGCUCAUUCUGUUUCUGCUACAGGAAAUGCGAGGCAGCGGAUGAAAGCAGCGAGAAAGAUGAGCUCUCAUAUUCCAUACCUCUUCAGGUCCUUCCAGGCAUGGAGCUGGACUCACAUAGCUUUCCUGUAGUAAGCAAGACACUCCAAGUUCUCAAUGCAGAGGAUUGCAGUGGGGAGGAAGAGGAGGUGGAGGAGGAAGAGCCACAGACACAGGAGAUUGACCUGAGGGCCUGUUGUACACUGGAGGGGAGCUUGGCACGGGUACAGGCUCUACAGGGGAAAACGUUUAGCCUACCUGAUGGUUUUCUAAAUGCCCAACUGGAUGCUAAUGAGUUACUAGCUAUCCUGCGUCAGUGUGCUAACAACCCACAAGCUGAAGGGGAGGCUCGUCUUCAGCCCUCACGGAUCACAGAGUACAAACAAGAGCUGGCGGUGCGCUUCAAAGAAUUCCGAGCGUCGUGUCGUCGAGUGGCAAGUGUCGAAAAAAGCCCAACGCGCAUGCUAGCUGUGGUCUCGGCUAGCUUCCAAGUGUUGUGUGAACUAACUCAGACGUUCAUUAAACUGGUCAGAGGGGUUCGUUCAGAAGCCCAAAGGCUACAGCUGUUAAAAAAGGUCGAGGAAGUAGCGAUCAACUACACUUUGCUUUUGCGCGCAGCGGAAGAAUCAAUGGGACACUCAAGCAGCUUGCCAACAAAGACGGAGAGUCCUCAAGUUUCCUCCAGCACCAAUAAUAUGAGCUCACUCACUCGUCCCAUCAAAACAACUCUGCCUGCUCAGUAAAAAUAAGUCUGAGAGAGAUGUAAUCGGAACAGUCCAAACUGUGGAUGGCUAAUCUAUCCAAACUCAUUUUUGAUUUAUUGUUUACAUUUUUUACAAAAUGUGCAAUGUAUCAUGCUCAAUAAAAAUUGCAAUGCAGCCUUUCCAUCCCACGUUUACAGGCCCUGAGGUAGGCUCAUGAAUCUUUGAACUGUACACCAAACUAAUGCACAAUGGAAUAAGAACCCAAUGACAGACUGGGCUAUACAGGGCUAACCACCUCAUAUCACAAUAUAAAUACCGCAUUAUAGCAGAAUAUUUUAUAUGUAAUAUAUAUUUGAGUUGUGUCUCCUUACCAAAUAAUUUUAAAGUUUUGUGAAGAAAAAGGUAAAGAAUAUAUUUGAAAUGAGUUAAGAGAACCAUAUACAUUAUAAGAAAUCAUAGAAAUAAAUGUACACUCUGGACAAAAAUAUUUCAGAGAACUCGUCAAGUAGCCACUUCUGUAAAUUGCGUAGUCAAAAACGUUGGUUGAUUAGAUGGUGAUGUGUUUGUCUGUUGAAACUUCUAACUGUUGUAAUGCAAAAUGGAGAUCUCUGUUGGCUAUGUUAACAAUGUCGCAUAAUGAUACAACAGUCAAACGAUGCAGCGAUGGGGAAUGAAAACCACAAAGAGGUCUGACACGCCUGACCGGCAGAAGCCCAUUCUCUCACUAUCACAGCGCAGGUCUGACACACGCCUGCUCAGGGCAGAUAAUGUAGCAGAGACCCAAGUCUUAUUCAUCGUAAUGGAAUUAGUGUUGCCACCUCACUCAGCCGCAGAGAAGGCUACUUCACACCGUCAUGAUCUAGAGCUCACUCACUGCAUCUCACUUGUUGUGAAUCAUAGUUUUGAAUAUAACCGUCCACUCUGCAAGUGAGUAAGCUUAUCACACUAGGAUUUUGCACAAUCUCUGAAGUCAGCGCUGAAGCUGAAAUAUAUCCUAUAUAAUGUUUGAGUCAGUGUUUUAUAUUCACUCUGCUGCUAUAAAACCUAAGUCAGCAGCACCGAUUUUACAUAAAUCAUCUCCUCAAUGUUAAAGCUUAUCUGUUUAAAAGAUCUUUUUAUUUAGGUUUACGGAUAUACUAUAAGCUAAUUUGCUUUCUAUGUGCUGUUAUAUAUUGUGCACUCUAGCAGAUAUAUAAGAAACACACAAAGUAGUUUUUUAUGUAUUUUAAUAAAACUAACACAUCUGUCCCCUG